GGCCCCCCCACGUCUCUGCCGCACCGCGAGCCGCCAAUCACACGGAGGGCAGGUGAUGGAAUCAUUCGAGGAAGUGUGAGUGGGCAGCACCAAAGACUGAAGACAACGGAUGUAUUGACAACGGUGCCCAGCGAGGAAUGUGAGUAUAUGCAGCACUGCCCUUUGAAAAUAAAACCUUCACACACGAAUUGAAAACAACGGCAAGUUCUUAAAAAGUCUCGAAUGGUUGAAACUGUCAGUUCUGAGGAAAGGUGACAGUCGCAGGGACACACGGCUGGAGAGUGUUGGCAAUCCUGAGUGAGUUACGGUAUCAAUCCCAAUUGAAGGUUCAAGUCCUCAGUCUUGGGUGAAGAUCACGAUCCAGGUGAAGAUUUUGGUUCCAGGAUAAAGUGCCAGUCCGGCGAAACAAAGCUGUAAAGUGCCUGUCCUCCUGGAUUAAGGUGUCAAUCUCAGGCUGAAGCUGUCUGAUCAAUUCAAGGUGGUUUCAGAUUCUGUCAACUGUAUCGUUUUGAGUUUAAUGGAAGUGGAAACUUUACCUAAUUCACAAAAACUAGCCACAGAAGUUGAAAGCAUUCUUAUUAAUUACUACAGCAUUGGAAAGGAUGAAUGGAGAGUUGCAAAGGAAACAAAUGAUGUAACUGUUUGGCGGAAGCCCUCGGAGGAAUUUGGGGGAUUUCUCUACAAAACUCAAGGAAUUGUGAAAGAGACUCCCAACAGAAUAGUGGAUUUCAUUCGGCCUGGCCCAUGUAGAUUAGCCUGGGACAGCCUGAUGACUUCCAUGGACAUUGUUGGGGAAUUUGAACAGCAGGGUUGUUGUUUGAUGCAAUACACCACAGCAGGACAAUUGUGGAAUGUGAUUGCCCCAAGAGAAUUCAUUGACUUCUCCUACACCACAGAUUACCAGGAUGGGUUGCUAACUUGUGGAGUCAGCGUUGAAUACGGGGAGAAACAAGACAGUUUUGUUCGUGGAUUUAAUCACCCAUGUGGAUGGUUUUGCAUUCCCUUGAAGAGUGACCCAGACCACAGCAUCUUGACUGGUUUUAUUCAGACUGACUUAAGAGGAAUGUUGCCACAAACAUUAGUGAACACUGCAAUGGGAAAUACAUUAGUUAAUUUCUAUAAUGACCUCCGAAAUGCUUUAAAAACUUAAGUCUGGGAUAAAAUAAUAACCAUAGAUGACCCCUUUGAAAAGAUACAUGUAACUCCUUAAUAUGUUGCUAUUCCAUUCUAUUGCAGUAGCCAGGCUUAUUGUAGAUCCUCUUGUGAUGUAAUAGCCCUGAUCCACGGUGCGAGUUCAUUCCAAGAGCUCUCCUGAGUUAAAAAAAAAAUCAAACUCGUGGUUAGCACGGAGAAUGAACGUAGCAGGUACGUCGGAGCUU